CACAUUCAAAUUGUACUGGAACACAAGAAAAUAAUUUUUAUUGCAAAUAUUUUAAUAACUUAUUCAGUAAUGAAAAAUAUGAUAAAUUAACUUCUUUUACUUGUACAGAACGUCCAUAUAAUAAUGCCUUUUUAGAGGUACCAGUAGAUAAAGUCAAAGAACCUGAUAUAGGUGUUCUUGGCAAUCCAGCUAGUGUUGCGAAUUUAAAUGGGGUUCCAAGGCCCACAUCUAGUCGUGAUAUAGAUAGGAAUGAUUACCCUAAUAGUUAUCCACACCCAUAUCCUAAUAAAGGCUUAGCAGAUCAGCAUACAUUAUAUGACCAUCCCAUUCCUCCUGUGGAAGAUACAACUGAAGGUGGAUCUUCCAAAACUAUUGCGGGCUCAGUUGCUCCAGUAUUAGGAGUUUCAUCAAUUUCUUUACUCUUAUAUAAAGUUACACCACUUGGAGGAUUUAUAAGAAAUUUUCUAGGAAGGAACAGAAAUAUGUAUAAUCCUGUAGAAUAUAUGGAUUCAUUCAACCCAUAUAAUGAUGGAAUGGAUCCUGGGGGUAGAACAAUGAAUAUAUCCUACAACAGAUUAUGA